AACAUGCGUCAUGUAACAAAAUGCAGCAAUUGUGAUCUUUCGGUUCGCGUUUGGAGGUCAAUCGUCUACUCCAACCUUUUCGGUUACAAAUACGUUCUGUGGAGACCAAAAUGACCUAACCCGCCCGGGAUUGAUUCCUGCAGAACCUUCCCCGACCUCUCAGCUUGCUGGUUCUAGUCUAUCAGUAAUGUCUGUGAGGAGCGUGCUGUGGUGCAACGCCAAGUCUGCUGCAGGAGUCGCUGUUGGAGCGGCGUGAUUUUCAUUUCAUGGUAGCGACGCCCACAAUUAAAAUCUAGUUCUGAAAUGAGAUUUACUCCUGCAGGUACUGGAACUGUGGGGUUUGAAAGUAGACCCUGACUUGCACAUACUUCUUUAUGCACCAUUUCCUACAGCGACUUUGCUCGAGCGGCUGAAUUCUUUGAAAGCAGCCUCCUCCAAGUUUCGACGUUGUCGAAAUGCCGAUCACAGUAGACGAGAGUGAGCAGAAGUCGAGUAACAUACUGGUGCGCUUGUUGGUGCGACACUGGACUGUAAAGCCAAAUGAGAAGACGGCAGCUCGAGAAGAGCGAGAGAAGUAUCUCUUUCUUUACUGGAAAGCAGUUCCGUUUAACAGAUGGAUGCUUUUCAUUUCCUCCUUUCUAAUCCAAUUCUGCUGCGGAUCGCUCUACUCGUGGUCUAACUUCAAUGCCCCUAUCGACAUCCUCAUCUAUGGAACCAAAACGGCUAAUAAAGCACCGAACACUUUCUACAUUGCCGUCGGCAUGUUCGGGACAACUGCCAUGAUCAUGGGACCAUGGCUGGAGCGUCAUGGACCGCGCAGAGGAUUGCUGCUUGGAUCCACCGUGUUUGGAAUUGGCCAAGGCAUCGCCGCGCUCUCGCUUUACAAGAAGUCCAUUGCCGGUGUGUACGUCGGGUAUGGUGUACUUGGAGGUUUCGGGCUUGGGUUGAACUACAUCUCUCCUGUAUCUGCGCUGCAGAAAUAUUUCCCCGACUACAGGGGCGUUGCCUCAGGUUUCGCCGUCGCGGGAUUUGGUGCUGGAUCUAUAGUAUGGAGUAAAGUCUACCUCCCUCUCAUCGAUCGGUACCACUUAGCUGAAACGUUUGCGAUCCUCGGCGCGGUUCUUACUGGGGCCAUGUUAUUCGCUGCAAUAUUCAUGCGCACGCCUCCGAACGACUUCACUGCUGGUGGGUUGAACGUCCGCGGGGAGAAAGUAAGUCAGAAGGAUAUUGAACUUGACAAAGUUCUCGAGGAGGGCAAUGUCAAAGACUUAGAACAAAACAAGUCUUUGGCUCCUGUAGUCGGGGCUCCCAUAGUCAUGACACUGAUCCAGUCUAUCUUCUCUCCGGAUUUCUUCUUCAUGUAUCUCAUGUUCUUUGCCAACCAGCUCUUUGGUCUCGUCGCUCUUUCUCGCCUUGCCAACAUGGCACAGGAUUUAUUUGGCCAGACGAGAUCGGAAGCAGCAAACGUAGUCUCCAUCAAUGGCGUCUUCAAUUGCCUGGGCAGACUCCUUCUUCCUAUGUCUGCCGACCUGGCCAUCAAAACGUUGAGAGUGAACCCCCCGUUCGCUCGCAAGCUCAUCUUUUAUUUCAAUCUAACGAUCCAGGUCGUUAUCGUUGCCGUUCUCCCAAGCCUAAUCAAAUCCAACAACUAUGGCGGAUUCCGCGCUGUCAUGUGGCUGCUUACCUUUGCCUACGGUGGUGGAUUCGGCACCAUUCCGUGUUUCCUGACGGAUAUGUUUGGGCCUUACAACAUCGGUGCACUUCACGGCAUGAUCUUGACCGCAUGGUCAAUUGGCGGAGUCGGUGGAGGGCUGGGAUUCACCUCCAUCUUCGACAGACAUAAGCCUUCUACACAAAAUGCGUCCGUUCCUGGUGCUUUCGACAAAGCUUACGAAUCCAAUUUCAAAUGGAUUCUUGGAGUGCUCAUUUUCGGCCUUGUCAUGCUCUUCUUUGUUCGCACUGAUCUCCUUGAUCGAAUGUCCUCAGGGUGGCGGUACAGCAUUUUCGGGAAGAAGAUUGUGCAUUUGAAGCGGAAGGAGGUACCUGAUAGUGGCAAAGUAAUCGACCACCAGAAUGGUACCUCACCCAAAUUGUGAGUGUAAAUGAGGGUUAAUGUCGAUCCGUAGGGUAGAGCUUAACGUCCAUGUUUGUUGAUUUAGCUAAGACAGCACUUACACAUACUGUACAUUCUUGGUAGUUUCUGGAAUAAUCAAGAGUCUUCUUUGAGACGGUCACCAUAUAUUAUGGCCUGCGAAGUAGAAGCUUACGGAACAAUUGGUGAAAAAUGUUCUGAGUAGAGAAAUAUGUGAGAUCUGUACCUAGGAUUUUGGAUAUAAAGUUUAGAAAACGAAUGAUGCCUACUAGCUUUCAUCAGGAGUUCAUGGGUACCAGAACAAAACUGGGACAACUUUGGAAUCUGCGUAGGAUAACUUGUACAAAGUUCAACGAAAGGCACAAGAAUCUUAUCGAA